GCCCGCGGCAGUCUCGUGCUGGGCGUGCCCUCGCGCGCUUCUGGAAGGUUCUGAGUCGGUAUAUAAAGGAGCCGGCAGCGUCACUCAGUCUCAUUUCCAGCGACCACAGCUCGGAGACGGCGAGCAGCUCAGUAAUCCCCCAAACCGCCCAGCACGCGAGGUGAGUACCGGCCGACAGGCAUCAAGGGGGGUGUAAUCAGCUAAAGCCGGGGGGCACAGGCCUCCCACAACCCGCAGCUGUCCGUCCGUUACCCGGGAUCCUCUACAUCGCCUGCCGGGGAGAGCGGCCAGAGGGUCCUGGGAAACGGGGUUACUGGGGGUUACAAUGGGGGCUCUCCCAGGGCUGGCUGAGGGUUAUAGGGGCACUGGUUGGGGGUUCUGGGGUGGCUCUCACAGGGCUGGCUGGGGGUUAUAGGGGGACUGGGCUGGCUCUUCUAGGACUGGUUGGGGGUUAUAUGGGGCUGAUGUGGGGAUUGGGCUGGGGGUUCUGAGCUGCCUCUCCCGGGGCUGGCUGGGGGUUCUGGGGUGGCUCUCACAGGGCUGGCUGAGGGUUAUAGGGGGCUGGGGUGGCUCUCACAGGGCUGGCUGAGGGUUAUAGGGGGCUGGGAUGGCUCUGCUAGGGCUGGAUGGGGGUUAUAGGGGAAUUUAAUUUCUGGAUGUCUCAGGUGGCUCUCCCUAAGCUGGCUGAGGGUUGUAGGGGUAUGUACAAACUGGAUGUCAAGGUUAGCAGUCCCUUAUGGAGCUGUAGAUGUCAGGACCAGGGGAUGUGAGGGACUUCAACUGUAUUACUUUGUUCUGUGAGAUCUGGGUUAAAUUCUUUAGCUUUCCCAUGUGGGUUUUUACUUAAGAUGGCUGCCUCCCUUUUUUGAUGUUCCACAAUGUGGUGGUCCGCCCCACUCUGGGCAUUAUUCACUGAUCUGGAUGAUAGUUUAAAGUCCUAAUAGCACACCUUGUAGGCUGGCUGGAUUCUGAUUUUUGAUCAUGUAAAGAGCUUCCACCAACAGCAGGUGGCUCAGAUUUUAGCCUAUCCCUCAUAGGCCGCACAAGGCUUGCAAUUACUGUGCUGCUGACUUCCUUCUACGUGUUUCCUCUAUGUGAAAACGGGGUGGAGACGAGAUCUGGUGGUUUCUCUUCUGCAGACCUGUGUGCGUCAUAGCACGCCCUGGUGACUAAUGCAGUGAGAAAUCCACUUUAACACUUAUGGUGGCCUCCUGUAGGCUCAGAAGGCAGUUCAACAAAUGGCUUAUUCAUAUAGAAUACUAGGAGCAAUUAUCUCCAGUGUUAACAUGUGACUGUAUCUGCUUUGGGAAAACACAACUAUGCACAAGGCAUUCCUGGGAUUUCAUGCCAGAUUCAAGUGGGCCUAUACACUUAACUGACCACUUAAGACCAUCUAUUUUUGAGCUGUAUUGGGGAGAGCACCUCAGUGUGAACUCAAAUCUAACUUUUUACAGCUUUUAUUUAUAUUGGGACUUAACUCAAUUAUAUCCUGUUAUCUUUACAGAAACCAUGUCUAAGGGACCAGCAGUUGGUAUUGAUCUUGGCACCACCUACUCUUGUGUGGGAGUCUUCCAACAUGGCAAAGUAGAAAUCAUUGCCAAUGACCAAGGUAACCGGACAACACCAAGUUAUGUGGCCUUCACAGACACAGAAAGGCUCAUUGGAGAUGCUGCUAAAAAUCAGGUUGCAAUGAACCCAACGAACACCGUAUUUGGUAAGUCUUUUUAUUUUUAACGGUUAGUUGUAUGGGGGUGUAAGAAAUUGUGAUCCUCUUACAAGGUUAUUCUUUUAGGGAUUGUGUGACAAAUAAGACACACACGUAUAUAAUAUGUAUUGUUGAUAUUGAUCUAGGUUCUUCUUCUUACAGACUUAAAGGGAAUAUACACAUUAUAACCAUUUCAAGUCCAAAACAAAAGAUACUUCUACAUUUAAAUGAAGAUCUUCCCCAUGCACCUUAAUCUUUGGUAGUCUGGGACUUUUUUCAGUUGACCAUGGCACCUCUGCUUCCUGUGACCCUCCCCAAGAGACAGGCCUCCUUGGCUGUCCUUUAAAAGACUGAUUCUUGCAGUCCUUAACUACAUUUCCCAGAAUCCCUUUAACCUCCCAAAAACUGGUUAAUCCUUCACUCUUACACACAUCCUUUUCUUUGAUCCCACGGUAUACUAUAACAUUCUGUAAGCGGUUAGGGUUUUAGGUUGGACAGGGUGGCUUGGGAGGGAGGGGAACAACUUCAUGGUUGCACCUAGAUGUUAAUUACUCUAAUCUUUAUUUUUUUUUUUUUAUUUUAACAUGACCCUUAACCUAUAUAGCAAAGAUUUGUACCCUUUGCCAACCUCCUUUGCUAUGUAAAUGGAAUUCCACUGUGAAACCAGAUGGCUUGUCUUAUUACAUAGCAGUCCUUUGCAAAGCAUAUGUCUAUAGUAAUGGAUUACUGUGGUGUCAGGAAAACACUUGUUUUCCUGACACUAUUUAACCCUUAGGUCACCCCUCCCUCAGGGCUGCCCUCCCCUGGUGCUGAGGGGGUUUAAACCCCCUUUAGUUACUUUAAUCCAGCAAUUGUGACCUCUCUUCCCAGCUUUCAGCUCCAGAGUAGAAUGCACAUGUGCGGCAAGAGCAUUCAAACAGUUCCAGAGUUCUUCUCAGAAAGCCACUAGAGGCCAGAUUAACCCUGAAAUGUAAACAUGGCUGUUUCUCUGAAACUGCUGUUAAUAUCAGAUGGGUUAAAACCUGGGGGACCUGGCACCCAGACCACUUCAUUGAGCUAAAGUAGUCUGGGUGCCUAUAGUGUCAUAUUUUUUUUAAUAGAAAAUAUUAAUCAUGAAAGGCACCCCAUUUCUUACAGGGGUAGCUACAAUGUUAGGAUUGCAUAUUAACUGUUAUCUAAUGUCUGGGAUAAAGUCUCACAAACAUGAAACUUGUGUAAAAUGUUCUAACAAGGUGACUCUCUUAAUAGAUGCCAAGCGUUUGAUUGGCCGCAGAUUCGAGGAUACUGUUGUGCAGUCUGACAUGAAGCACUGGCCCUUCAAUGUUAUAAGUGAUGGAGGCAGACCAAAGGUCGAGGUGGAAUACAAAGGUGAAUCAAAAUCUUUCUAUCCAGAGGAGAUCUCUUCCAUGGUCUUGGUGAAGAUGAAGGAAAUUGCUGAGGCUUACUUGGGCAAGGUAUUAACAGUGUAACGUUUGGAUUUUAUAAGCUUGUCUUAAACAUCGUGUCAGCAGAUCAAUAAGUUUUUGUUUUUUCUUUCCCCUUUUAAAGACCGUGUGCAAUGCAGUAAUCACUGUACCAGCUUACUUCAAUGACUCUCAGCGUCAAGCUACAAAGGAUGCAGGCACAAUCUCUGGCCUCAAUGUGUUGCGUAUAAUUAACGAGCCAACUGCUGCAGCUAUUGCUUAUGGCUUGGAUAAGAAGGUAACCAUUGCAGUGCUAAACUAUACUGUAACUCAUAAGUUUUUUUUUUUUUUAUGAACCAUUGCUGUACAGUAUAAUCGCGGUGAUGAAUGAUUCCAACGCCAUUCGUAGUUUCCACCAGACCUGAGCUGCAAGGCUCAUGAUGGCACAAUACCUUCCUUGGAUGUCUGAGCGAUUAUGUUCCCUUGUUGUGGGGAGCAUUCUUGGUGGCAAAUUACAUGAUCUUGAUGCCAAUUGUGAAUCUGUCAAACUUCCAUCCUAUAAAUAUGUCCAGUAACUUAAUGUUAGCAUUAACUUUAAAGUGCCUCUAGUCACAUAAUGUUUUAUAAACAAAGUUGCUAAGGUUAAAGUGUGCCGGUCUCCUAGCACCAUAAGAGGGGUUAAACGUCACACGUCAAGGUAAGCGUGGACAGGUGCUUUCUGGCACCACUGCAACUUAAUUUAUUUGGAGUUAUUGUGAUUGGUGUCUUAGUAAACUACCAGGCAAGGCCAUAGGAUGCACUCAUUUUUUUUAAUAUUGUAAUAAAGAUGGUGUGCGGUGUCGAAGCUGCUACAAAAAAUACAUGUGCUUGUAAACCGUUAUGCAGUGUUUACCAAAGUGAGUUCUUACAAUUACUUGGGGUAACAAUAUUUUAAGUGUCUCCCACUAGGUUACGCUGGUGCCAAUGUUUUUUUUUUUUUUGUGUAAAGUUUAAUUUCAGUAUAUAAACUUUUUUUUAUAUAUUUUUCCUUCAGGUUGGAGCAGAGAGAAACGUGCUUAUCUUUGAUCUUGGAGGUGGAACUUUUGAUGUCUCCAUCCUGACCAUUGAAGAUGGUAUCUUUGAAGUAAAGUCAACAGCUGGUGACACUCACUUGGGUGGAGAAGAUUUCGAUAACCGCAUGGUGAAUCACUUUGUUGCAGAAUUCAAAAGGAAACACAAGAAGGACAUAAUUGAAAACAAGAGAGCUGUUCGCCGUCUCCGCACUGCCUGUGAACGCGCAAAGCGUACCCUGUCAUCAAGCACUCAGGCUAGCAUUGAAAUUGAUUCCCUCUAUGAAGGAAUUGACUUCUACACCUCCAUUACAAGAGCUCGUUUUGAAGAACUUAAUGCAGAUCUGUUCAGAGGAACCUUGGAUCCAGUUGAGAAGUCACUCCGUGAUGCCAAACUCGACAAAUCACAAAUUCAUGAUAUUGUUCUGGUUGGUGGGUCAACUCGUAUUCCUAAAAUUCAGAAGCUGCUUCAGGACUUUUUCAAUGGAAAGGAACUAAAUAAGAGCAUAAACCCUGAUGAAGCUGUUGCCUAUGGUGCAGGUAUGUUCUGUAAACCUGAUCCCUUGCCUUUCUAUCAUUCGCAGUGAUGAAUGAUUCCAACGCCAUUCGUAGUUUCCACCAGACCUGAGCUGCAAGGCUCAUGAUGGCACAAUACCUUCCUUGGAUGUCUGAGCGAAUAGUCUUGGCUAGAUAAACAUCUGACUUGGUAACAUGAACACUUGCUAAUAUUGCCUCCUUUCUCCAGCUGUGCAGGCUGCCAUCUUGUCUGGUGACAAGUCAGAAAAUGUCCAGGAUCUUCUCUUGCUUGACGUUACCCCUCUGUCACUGGGUAUAGAGACUGCUGGUGGUGUAAUGACUGUCCUCAUCAAGCGUAAUACAACAAUCCCCACAAAGCAGACACAGACCUUCACCACAUACUCUGACAACCAGCCUGGUGUACUGAUUCAGGUAAGAUGUCAGACCAUAUAGGUGGCCUUAAAUGUAGUUCUACCUGUGACAAACCUCUAAAGUAACUUUAUUUUUUUUCUUAAUCUCUAGGUGUAUGAAGGUGAGAGGGCCAUGACCAAGGAUAACAAUCUGUUGGGUAAAUUUGAGUUAACUGGCAUCCCUCCAGCUCCCAGAGGUGUUCCUCAAAUUGAAGUAACCUUUGAUAUUGACGCGAAUGGCAUUCUCAAUGUAUCUGCUGUGGACAAGAGCACAGGCAAAGAAAACAAGAUCACAAUUACAAAUGACAAAGGUAAGCUACUGUCUGAUCUAACUUGUCGCAGUGAUGAAUGAUUCCAAAGCCAUUCGUAGUUUCCACCGGAUGUCGAAAGGCAUAUGACGGCUUUAUACCUUCCUUGGAUGUCUGAGCGACAAAUUAACUUAAAUCUUCUCUGCAUAGAUAACAUGUAUCUCAACACCGCUGAACUUGGUCUAGCAUUCUUACUGUUGAAGUGCAUGUAUGGUUGAUUGCUCAUUGCAUAACUUAAUCUAGCCUUAAGACUGCUUCUGCAUUGGCGUUUCCUUUACUGAUCGAUCUACUCACUCAUUGUUCUGUUUUUACUCUUGCAGGUCGUCUAAGCAAGGAGGACAUUGAGCGUAUGGUCCAAGAAGCUGAGAAAUACAAGGCUGAAGAUGAGAAGCAGAGAGACAAAGUUUCUUCUAAGAACUCAUUGGAGUCCUAUGCUUUCAAUAUGAAAGCAACUGUGGAAGAUGAGAAGCUUAAAGGAAAGAUCAGUGAUGAGGACAAACAGAAGAUCAUGGAUAAAUGCAAUGAGAUUAUCUCCUGGCUAGACAAGAAUCAGGUAUGUGAAGUGACUUAGAAACAAAUUGCAGAGAACUUUUGAAAGGGGGUACAAUUCCUAAAAUUUAAUUUCUAGGCUCAAACUUGUCUUUCACUAUUGAACUGAUCUGCAGGUAGUGAAGAGUAAACUCUAUGCACUCUUCCUGGCUUAUUUUGUGAACUCUAACUCAAUAGAGAAUUUUCGUAAAUCUUUUCAUGGUGGUUGAUGGCUCUACACUGCUGCUUACAGUAUAAGCUGUUGGACAGCUGCAAUAAACAAUCAGACAAAUGUAUACAUGAUUAGUGUGCAGGCUGACUCCAAACUUUCACAACUAUCAGACAGGAAAAGUGUUCAGCCAGCCAAGGGCAAUUACUUUAGAAUAAACAUGUAAACCUAACAUGGGAGAUCUGCAUUAAGUGACACAACAUGCCUGUCGCGGUGAUGAAUGAUUCCAAAGCCAUUCGUAGUUUCCACCAGAUGUCGAAAGGCACAUGAUGGUUUUAUACCUUCCUUGGAUGUCUGAGCGACCUGUCUCCUUGCAAUGGAGGGAGUGGCAGGAAGAUUUCUUACACACCCUCCAGAUUUCAUAGUUCAAUAGUAUAUAUUGGUCCAGAGUUUUUUGUGGAACUGCUACUUGUCCACUUGUUAAAAUCAUACUAUAACUCUAAAUUUUUUUUUUUUUUUCCCAGACUGCUGAAAAGGAAGAGUUUGAACACCAGCAGAAGGAACUGGAGAAGGUUUGCAACCCUAUUAUCACCAAACUGUACCAGGGUGCAGGUGGCAUGCCUGGAGGAAUGCCUGGUGGUAUGCCAGGAGGCUUCCCUGGUGCUGGUGAACACACCGGUGGAUCAUCUGGACCCACUAUUGAAGAGGUCGACUAAUCCUAAAAUGGAACACCAUUCCUCGGGUUUUCUCGUCUCUAUUCCUAGGACACUUUGUAUUGGCUGUUCAGAAUUAAUUCCCAUAAGCUGCUGUAAAAUUAUUUUCAGGGGCAUUAAUACUUGAAGUCACUCCAUAAUGCAGGAGAAAAGAACACCAUUGCACUUACUCACUGUACUGUAAACCUAUGGGUCCAGAUGAAUAAAAUCCUCCUUAAUUGGCAACUUGUGUCUGUAGAAA